AUGGUGCCCGCGGAGUUGGUCACAGGCGGCGCGCUCCCUCGGUGGGCCGCUGGGGGCGGGGCCUCGGUGUUCGCCAAUGCCAUGCAGCAGUUCGUCCAGGCGACGUCUCACACGGCCGCGGCGGGCUCUGCAAAGAAGGGUUUGUCUUUCGAUUUGGCCAAGCGGAUCCAAGAAAUGGGUUUGGCGCACUUCCCAUCGGAUGGGUUCCCUUCAGAAGAAACCUUGGCCAAAUUCGAGCAUGCUGGCAAAGUGGCCGCCGAGAAGCAGCGCAAGUGGAUUGGCAGCGCGGACGGUGAGUGUCUGCAGACGCACCACCGACCGGAAUGGUCGCGCACGCCUGUCGUGGCUGCGCCACCGACUGGUUCAUCUAUUGAGGAGAAGGUCAAGCAUGUGCUCGACGACAAGAAAGCCCGAGCGGACGAGUUGAAGCUCGAUUACCAGAGCUACGCUACGUUCGUGGGUCACCUUUUGGCUGACCUGUUCAAUUUGACCCACAUAGCUGAGGAACACGGCGGGGUCCGGACGGCUUAUCAGUACGACAUCUUGCAGCGUAAGGCGAUGGCGCGCUCGCUCGAGCGAGGCGAGGACCGGCUUUCGCACUACUUCAACGUGCUCGACGAGGACAUGGCCCGGAAGGCCAAAGAUAAAGUGUCUCAGAAAAUGAAGGAGACCACCGGCCGGACGACCACUGGCCAGGCGCAGCACGGCGGAGGCUCCCGGACCUACGGCGGCAGCAGCUCUGGUUACGGAGGCUGGGGCAAUUCCAGCUCCAGCGGGGCGGCGCCGAAGGGCCAGGGCAAGGCGCACAAAGGGGCUGGGCCCGCGCCGAGCACCCCCAAGAAGAAGAGGUCCAGGUCGCCAAAGCGCUCUGGCAACGGCGGCAACUCCAACGGCAAGGGAGGCAAGGGCGGCCAUGGCAACAACCAGGGCAACAAGUCCUGGCAGGACAAGUGGUGGAACAAGUGA